CUUCCGACCCAAGGGCAAAGUGGCGCCCCCUACGCACAGAAAUCGUCCCUGGGCCCCCGCCUCCGGGCGGAGACCUCAGUGGACCUCCGGAGCCGGAAGGCCGCUCUGGCCCCAAGCCGACUCUCUCGCUGGUAGACGGGCCCGAGGGAGCCCCUCUGGGCGCACCGCAGAGGAGCGGCUCGAUGCUCCGGCCGGAAGUGCUCUUCACCGCCCGCCUCCCACCCGGCUCUCUGGUCUCGGCGGUAAGAUGGCGGCUGCCGCGGAGUGCGAUGUGGUAAUGGCGGCGACCGAGGCAGAGCUGCUCGAUAAUGAAGAAGCGAAGAGGGAAGCAGAGUCUUUUAAGGAACAAGGGAAUGCAUACUAUGCCAAGAAAGAUUAUAAUGAAGCUUUUAACUAUUACACAAAAGCCAUAGAUCUGUGUCCUAAAAAUGCUAGCUAUUAUGGUAACCGAGCGGCCACUUUGAUGAUGCUUGGAAAGUUCCGGGAAGCUCUUGGAGAUGCACAGCAGUCAGUGAGACUGGAUGACCGUUUUGUCCGGGGACACUUACGAGAGGGCAAAUGCCAUCUCUCUCUAGGGAAUGCCAUGGCGGCCUGUCGCAGUUUUCAGAGAGCCCUAGACCUGGAUCACAAAAACACUCAGGCACAACAGGAGUUCAGGAAUGCAAAUGCAGUCAUAGAAUAUGAGAAAAUAGCAGAAAUAGAUUUUGAGAAGAGGGAUUUUCGGAAGGUUGUUUUCUGCAUGGACCGGGCCCUAGAAUUUGCCCCUGCCUGCCAUCGCUUCAAAAUCCUUAAAGCAGAGUGUUUAGCAAUGUUGGGUCGUUAUCCAGAAGCACAGUCUGUGGCCAGUGACAUUUUACGAAUGGAUUCCACCAACGCGGAUGCUCUGUAUGUACGAGGUCUUUGCCUUUAUUAUGAAGAUUGUAUUGAGAAGGCGGUUCAGUUUUUUGUACAGGCUCUCAGGAUGGCUCCUGACCAUGAAAAGGCCUGUGUUGCUUGCAGAAAUGCCAAAGCACUUAAGGCAAAGAAAGAAGAUGGGAAUAAAGCAUUUAAAGAAGGAAAUUAUAAACUAGCUUAUGAACUAUACACAGAAGCCCUGAGAAUAGAUCCGAACAAUAUAAAAACAAAUGCUAAACUCUACUGUAAUCGGGGUACGGUUAAUUCCAAGCUUAGGAAACUAGAUGAUGCAAUAGAAGACUGCACAAAUGCAGUGAAGCUCGAUGACACUUAUAUAAAAGCCUACUUGAGAAGAGCUCAGUGUUACAUGGACACAGAACAGUAUGAAGAAGCAGUUCGGGACUAUGAAAAAGUGUAUCAAACAGAGAAAACAAAAGAACACAAACAGCUCCUAAAAAACGCACAACUGGAACUGAAGAAGAGUAAGAGGAAAGAUUACUACAAGAUUCUGGGAGUGGACAAGAACGCCUCCGAGGAUGAGAUCAAGAAGGCCUAUCGGAAGCGGGCCUUGAUGCACCACCCAGAUCGACACAGUGGAGCCAGUGCUGAAGUUCAGAAAGAGGAGGAGAAAAAAUUCAAGGAAGUUGGAGAAGCUUUUACUAUCCUCUCGGAUCCUAAGAAGAAAACUCGUUAUGAUAGUGGGCAGGACCUGGACGAGGAGGGCAUGAACAUGGGUGAUUUUGACGCAAACAAUAUCUUCAAAGCAUUCUUCGGUGGUCCCGGGGGUUUUAGUUUUGAAGCAUCUGGUCCAGGGAAUUUCUUUUUUCAGUUUGGCUAAUAAAAGGACAUCAACCACUCAGAACCCCAAAAAUGGAGACUUGCUCAGUUUAACCUUGAAUAUGGACACAAUCCGACUCCUCCCUUCCUUACGUCUCCGUGUUCUUAGAUCAAUUUCAUUUUCUCAGUUGGAUACCUCUGUCUGUGUGAGUGGGGUGAAGGAAAGGGAGCCAGCGCCCAAGACUGUGGGAAGGGGAGGGAAGCGGGGGAUUGGAUAGGGAGGCAGCUUGUGAAUUUUUGUUGUACUGUUUAACUUUAUUAAAAAAGCAGAAAAAAUGAAGAGAAUAAAAUGUUUUGGCCCUUUCUGGCCCUUUGCUCUG